GUUUCCCCAGUUCACCCUAAAUCCCUCGAACGGAUGAAUUUGCUCUGAAGAUUGGGAAAUCUCGAUUUCUGCAGGUUUAGCAGUUUCUAUUUCGCCGGAGAAAUGGCCGUGGAGAUGCUCGGCUACGGGAAUAUGAACGAGCAAUUGGCGAUUCAUGAAGAGGCUUCCGCAGGAUUGAAAUCCAUGGAGCAUUUGAUCCGAGCGGUUUCUCACCACCAACAACAGCCGCAGCAGCAGAUUGAUUGCAGAGAAAUCACAGAUUUCACGGUUUCGAAGUUUAGGAAGGUGAUUUCUAUUCUGAAUCGGACUGGACACGCUCGGUUCAGGCGCGCUCCGAUUCAGCCUUCGCCGGAGUCGUCGGCUUUGGUUCGGAUUCCUCCGCCGCAGAGUUUUGCUUCUGAAGAGUAUCACCGUGAGCCUCUUCCUCUGUUCUCUGUUUCUCCGGCUGCGCCUCAGCAGUUGACGCUCGAUUUCUCGAAGCCUGGAGCGUCUCUAGGAAAGGAUGGGGGCGGAACGAUGGGGAAGGAGGGGAUUAGUUUGUCGGCGACGCUGUCGUCGUCUGGAAACUCCUCGUCGACGUUUCUGUCGUCGAUUACCGGCGAAGGAAGCGUCUCGAACGGAAAAGGCGGUUCGAUGUCUAUGUUCUUAACGCCGCCUGCUCCUGCUGUGUCCGCCGGUAAACCUCCGCUCUCCGGGAAGAGGUGUCGCGAGCACGACCACUCUGACAACAUCUCCGGCAAAACAUCGAGCUCUAGCCGCUGCCACUGCAAAAAGCGGAAAUCUAAGGUGCGAACAACCGUCAGAGUACCGGCGAUUAGCUCGCGGAUCGCCGAUAUCCCGCCGGACGAGUAUUCAUGGAGGAAGUACGGCCAGAAGCCAAUCAAAGGUUCCCCAUACCCACGGGGCUACUACAAAUGCAGCACCGUAAGGGGUUGUCCGGCGAGGAAGCACGUGGAGAGGGCCAACGACGAACCGUCGAUGCUUAUCGUAACCUACGAGGGCGAGCACCGCCACUCUCCGGCGUCUUCUACGGCUGCCGGAGCUCCGUCGCGGUUGGUGGUGUUCGAAUCGUCGUGAUAGGUUUGCGAAAACGAAGGCCGUGUUUUGUAAUUUCUGAAAGUUAGAGGGGCCGGUUCGGAAGAGUUUAGGAAAUAGAAUUUGGGGUGUUUGUGUAAAUUUGGUAGGAAAGAAGGGACAGGUGAGCAAAAACAUUGGGAACAAUAUUUGUUAGUUUUUUUUUUAAUCAAUGGAGCGAUGACUUUGAGUUUUUUCUUUUUUUAUUAAAUUAUAAUUUCGUGCUUUGGAUUCCUUCAUUA